CUCUAAAGAUUUUACUACGAUUUUGAAUUUACCUCCGGGAACCCAUAAACUUAAAUUCAUUGUUGAUGAUGAAUGGAAAUGUUCAAAUGAACUUUCAACUGCUACCGAUCCAGAUGGAAAUUUGGUAAAUUAUUUAGAAGUAUUUGAAGAGGAAGGAGAUUCUAUGGAUCAGAAUGGAAUGAGCACGGAUGGAGAAUACACAAAUGAAAUCCCAGGAUAUCUUCUUGCAUAUGCACAUUCCCGUAACAUUAAUGAAACCAACUUUGAUAAUUCCACAUCAAUAAAAGAUCCCCCUGAAUCCCCAGGGAGUAUGACAGAAGAUCAACCACCAGCCCUCCCACCACAUCUGGAAAAAGUUUUGCUAAAUAGCUCAGCAGUUUCAAAGGAGGAUAAUAGUGUUUUGCCAGUACCAAACCAUGUAGUGUUGAAUCAUUUAUAUGCUUGUUCGAUAAGAGACGGUGUGAUGGCCGUCGCCUCCACAGCAAGAUAUAGGAAAAAG